GAUUAAACACCACCCUCCCACACUGAGCCUUCAGCCAUCCGUCAACAAAGCUCUUCGUCUGAGCAGCAAGCUGAGCGGGCUGCAAGCUCAAACCUUGCCAAAUCCUCCUAUUUCUUUCACUCCAUAAGCCCCAGCAGCCCCACACCACCCUCGGCAGGUCUGGUUUCUUCUCCAUCUGAAAAACGCGCUGAAGCCACUCGAGAAAAGAUCCAGCCGACCCACCCACCUGCUCAAAAUUGCUCCAGCCCAUGGCACGCCAACUCACAGUAGCCACCGGAUAGCGCACAAAUAAAUGGAGCAACGUUUCCUCCCCAGCUCCACACAGUCCGCACCUAACUUGGCAGUUCACUCUUCGACUCACCAGGUUAACAGUAGUUGGGAGGCAAUCUACACAUGCUUGCCAAAAGAACGAUUUAAUCUUUGGGAGGAAGUCUCCAAUUCCACAUCGAUGUCCAUUCUGACCAAGAAUCCGCUUGAAAUUCACCCACCAAUUUCCGAUAGCAGCUGCGCACUGAAAAUCUUCCCCCAGCCUCCCAUCUCCAAAUCAGCUUAUCAGGUAUCAUACGCUUGCUUGUUGGGAUACUUUGAAUCAGGGUUCUAUCUCUGUUAUUAAAGAUGUCAAGGAUGAUGUCUGAAUCCCAUGCCUGAGUAUGCACACUAAACAGGUUGCUAACUGUCGUGUUUUCCAAGCCUGCAUAAGGAGUAGAUGUGACCAAAGGAUUUACCUCAUCCGGUAACCAAGGAUCGGACCAGACCUGAAUUGACUUGUCGUCCCCAACCCGCCAACGAUAUCCAUCUCAAAUAACCUCCUGUGUCUCAAACAAACUCCUCCACACAAAGGAUGGAUUAUUUCCCAACUUAGCUUUUAAAAAAUUACCACCUGGAUAAUACUUUGCUCUGAAAACACGACCCACCAGAGAAUUUAGUUCGGAUAGUAAUCUCCACGCUUGUUUAGCGAGCAUAGCAAUAUUGAAAUGCCGAAGUCUCCUAAACCCCAUGCCCCCUGUCUUUUUUGGCUUACACAGGAAAUCCCAGUCCCUCCAACGGAUCCCUUUUCCAGCUUUGCCUAACCACCAGAACCCAUUCAUUAGCACUUCAAUCUCCUUACAAAGCUCCUGCGGUAGAAGAAAAACAUUCAUAGUGUAUGUUGGUAACGCUUGAAUAACACUUUGUACACCUAGUUGAUUCACUUAAAAGUAUUAGGACUCAAUUGAUUUUUUCGCAUGAGUACACAGAUUUUUUCCCUUCUUUCUUUCAAAAAAGUGUCUGCCUUUUUCUAAGGCUAACUCAUGUUCCAAUUUCCAAACCAAGCACAUGAGAAGUGUGCGUAUAUUAUAUAUUAGGGGUGAACAAAAAAAACUGAAAAAAUCAAAACCGACCGAAACCGACUAAAACCGAUUAACCAUUGGCGGUUCAGUUUACGGUUCCACCUUUGGGUUAAAAAACAGACAGAACUGAAAGCGGCCAAAAAACCCGACAAAAACAUGCCAAAAUCAACCGAAACUUAUAAAAUCGGCCGAACUGAACCGAACCAAAACCGAAUCGAAACCGAUUCAAGUAGUGUGGUUCGAUUUACGAUUUCACCUUUUCUAAUACUUAAACGGAUAAAACUGACACGGACAAAACCGGACUCACGAACACCCAUAUUAUAUACUACCGUCGUCCCUAAAAGUUUCGUCACUUUUCUUGGUCAAUGAUGACAUACCUUGGACAAUGAUUUCGAUUAUUAUAUAUGUAUAUUACGUGUAAAUUUUAUACUUUUAUGAAAAUAUUUUGAAUAAAGAACAUUUUGAUAUAAUUUUCAUAUUCUAAAUAAUUUCGUAUAAAAAAAUAUAAUUGGUCAAAGUUGAUUGUCAUUGAUCAAGAAAAGUCAAUUUGGCGAAUUCUUCGUGACGGAGGAAGUAUUACGUACUACAUAAUAUAUAUACGGAGAAUGAGAGGGAAAUUUCUACAAUACCUGCCUAAAUAAGUGUGUUGAGUCCCGCUUCGUGUACACGCCGGUCAAAUUAUCUGUGUACAGACAAUUUGAUCGGCUACACAAACAACUUGACCGACGUUUUAUGAAGAAAAUCGAUUUCCACACAGACAAAAAGUAAAGAGUUGUUUGUAUCACAGACAUUUUAGACCGGAAUUUUUCAUAAAGUGCCUGUGAUACAGACAAUUUGUUUAUUUCUGUACGUGUGAAAAUCAGUUUUCUCCAUAAAACGCCGGUCAAAUUGUCUUUGUAGCCGGUCAAAUUGUUUGCACACAGACAAUUUGACCGACGUGUACAAACGGAAUUUUGCAAGUGUGUUUUGGUACCCAAGUUUUCUCAGCCGAUCACAUUGCGAUGUCGCCACGUUGUUCCAGGCCAAUGUUAUUCUAGUAUUUGCAUUUCAGUUUUCCAAAUUAAUCACAUACUUAUAUUACUAUGUGAAAAAGUCAUGGUAUGAAAUUAAAAAGCUUUGAGAAGUUUUGAUGCAAAAGUAUGAAGGGAAGAAGGAUGAGAGAGAAACACGACUUGAGGCCUGCUUGGAACUUAGGGAUCAUACGAUCACACAUGAACUUCCCACAUCAGACAAUGAAUUCGAUCGGUUGAAUUUUCUAUUCAAAAUGUGAUGAGAUAAUCACAAUUACGCCAAUCCGUCUUACUUGGGCAAGGCUGAUUUUUCUUUUGAAAUGUUUUUUUUUAAUUUACAGAAUUGAUGUGAAUUCUCAGUAAUUCACCAUAUUAUUGUGUUGAUUAAUGGUCUGUUUUAGUAGACACAAAAAAAUGAUUAGUGAUUUGAUUCCGGUGAUGUUGUUGUGUUUGACGUAAGGAGUGUUUGAGGUUGAUUAAAAAAAGCGUUUUUCUGCUUUUGGCUUAAAAAAAGUUGAAAAGAGUGUUUUCAAAUGAUAGCUUCUGCUUAAAUUAAUCACUUAAAAGCUAAAAGCUGGAAACAGGUAGAAGGGUGCUUUAAACUGCUUCUCACUUUUUCUAUUACACAAAAAGUACUUAUUUUACCAAACACUAUCAACUUUUAUUUUUUCAGAAUCACUUUUUUCUCAAACAAUAUCAACUUUUACUAUUAAUCACUUUUCCCAAAAUCACUUUAAAAAAUCACUUUUUUAAAGUUGAAGCAAUCGCAAACACUCCCGUAGACUAAAAUGUAAAUGACAAAACUGGUGUAUGUAUACUACUCGUAAGGAUGUUACGUGGCUUCACGUUAUAAUGUGAUUGGUUGAAAAUAUUCGGGAAAGAAAAGAAAGAAAUAAAUAGGGAGUAGUCGAUCGAUCGAUCGAUCGAUCUGUUGUUAUAUAUAUACUAGGGAGUAGUCGAUCGAUCGAUCUGUUGUUAUAUAUAUAUGUUACCACAGAAAGAAAGAAAGAAAAAAAAAAUCAUGAGGACUGUGCAGACGGUGGGGUACCGGAGAGGCGAGCGCGUGGAGGUGGCGAGCAACGCCGAAGGGUUCGUGGGGUCGUACUACGAGGCCACGGUGGUGGAGGAGCUGCCCGGCGGCAAGGGCUACAUACAGGGGCGGAGCUAGGGGAGGGCCAACCCUAGCCCUGGCCCAGCCCAAAUUUUAAAAAUGUCUAAAUAUUUAGUGUAAAAAAAAUCGUGUAAAUUUUUUUCCAAAAAUAUUCUUUGUAUCGGCCCAGUCCGGCCCAGUGUCCUGGCUCCGCCCCUGGCUACAUAGUCCAGUACAACACUCUCGUCAAGGACGACCUUUCCGGGCCGCUGCGGGAGGCGGUCAGUGCCGCGGAGGUCAGGCCGCAUCCGCCGGAGAUCAAGGCGGCGGAAUUCCACAUGGACGAGGCGGUCGACGUUUUUGACAACGACGGGUGGUGGGUGGGGCGGAUCAGCGGGAAGCUCGGCAGCCGGCGUUAUUACGUGUCCUUCCAUUCCCCAGGAGAUAUCCACACUCUAAUUUACCCCAAACACAGAAUAAGGGUUCAUCUCCAUUGGGAUCGUCAUGCCUGGAUUUCCAAUCUUCAAUCCUUUUAAUUUUAGGUUUACAUUACAGAAUUAUAUAUAUAAUAAUGUCGUCUGC